AGUUGCGUUAGGAAAAUGGGUUUCGGGGGGAUGUUGGAUUUGAAAAUAUCCAAGCUACCUAGGCAGCUGUGCUACUGGCUGAUGUCCCGAUUGGAUGGGGGUAACAGUUACCUUGUUGGAGGGGACGGCCAUGUGUUGCCGAUAACUGCUUCCCAUUGGGAAUAUGUAUUCGGAUUCCAGAACAGCGGUCUUCCGGUGCCAGUGAAGGAGUCUGAUCUUCCUCCAGGCACCCUUAAAGCGAUGGCCCUCAAGUAUGGUGAAAAGAAUACAUCAACCUCAAAGAGCACAAUAAUCAUAGCGAAAUCUGUAAAGGAAUUGGCAGGGCCGGUUGACGGUGAAGGAAAGAUAAAGCCCCUGGCUAAUCAGCGUGAUAGGGCCUCGUUCAUGGAAAAUUUCAUGAUUGUGUUGCUGGGGCAGAUUUUAUGUCCUUCUACCGAUGGGGGUAACAUGUCUUUAAAAUUGCUAGGUGCAGUUUCCGUGGCAAAGAAUGCAUCACUGUACAAUUGGUGUGAGUUUUGUCACACAUGGCUUUUAGACUACGGAGACGCCUGUCAGCGGAAGAUAGACCAUCAGGGGUAUGCCGCUGGGACUGGUGGUUGUGUGUUGUUUUUGCUGAUUUUCUACCUAGACCAUUUAUGCAGGCAUCCUGUGAGAUGGGAUGCGUUUCCCAGGAUCAAAGUCUGGACACAGGAGGAAGUGGAUGAGGCCAAGAAUCGGGAUAGGAAAGCGAGUGAAGAUUAUGGAAGGAUUACGACUGUUGAUGUUGUGUACGGGGAUCCUCAUCCCCUUUACGACAGGGAGGGUAGACGGUCUCCCGUAGUAGAGGUUGCUGAGAUGGUAGCACAGAUGACUUCUUCAGAAUGGAGACGCACCCUAGCUCAGGAGGUCACAGAGAUGGUCUAUGUUCCAGUUGUGGACAACGGACAUUGGUGGUGUGUUGCUUUUGCACUGAAAGACCAGAAGAUAUGGUUCAUUGACAGCAUGUAUACUAAUCCUGCUUCCGAGCAUUCUGGGGAUGUUAAAAAAUUGAUAGCAGCUGUGGAGUACGUUCUACAUUGGAGGGACACGCAGUAUAAUGCAGCUCUUGUUUGGAAGUUGAAGCAAAUGCAUACUUGGCCCUUGGACUCCAUUAGCUUCCCUGACUACAACGACAAUCAUGCGUGUGGAAUAGUAAUGCUUAUGGCUAUCCAGGAAAGUGCAAGGGCAUUUACAAAGACGAUGCAUGUGGGGGACAUCAAUGUAGCUCGGAGGGCACUGUUUUUGUCUCACUUGAAUUCAGAUUUCAACUCCUGCCGCCCGCUUCUUCCCCAAAUCGUUGCAACCCACUGCCCAGUUCGUUGAUGUUUGGUCGUGCUUCUUCUGCUAACGUUUAGGGUUUUUAACAGAGAAAACAAUUGCACACUUAUCUGGUCAAAUUUUGAAAUGUGAUUAACGCGUGAACUUAAUCAUAGUUGUUGUCUUUUGAUACUCACAUUAUUUCUAGGAGAUGGGAUUCAUUGCU